GUAAAUAAAUUAGAAAACCAAACAAAAAUCAAUAAACAAUAGUAAAAUUCAUAAGAUCAUCAACAUUUUCCAGACCUAAAUCCCACUGAAACACCCUUCGCUCGCUUUUUCUCUGGUUUCUGCGGCGACGACGACGACGACGACGACAUGCCACCAGCACGAGAGCUUCCGGGGUUCUACUUUGACCCAGAGAAGAACAGGUAUUUUCCGAUCAAAGGUCCCAUUCCUGGCUCUUCUUCUUCUAAAACCAAAAUCACCACUCCAAACCCUUCCCAAACCUCUUCCUCUCAGUUACAGGAAAAGAAUAGAAGUUCUUGUAGGAAGCUUAGAAACAGAACGUCUAAACUGCUUCAGAUUAGAGAGUUAGAUGGUCGUCAUGUUAAUGCUUCACACUAUUGCAAGUGUAACUUCACGGAGGAAUUUCGGAAAAUACAAACAUCUCAACCUAAUGUUUGGAAGUAUCAGGGAACUGAUAGGAUAGGUAUUAGUGCUUUGGAACAUUUAAAUGUUGAUGUGCAGACAGUAGAUGGUAGAUUUCGAACUGAUGUUUUAUUGAAUGGAAGCAUAAAUGGAUCACUGAGUUUUUCUGAAGUUGGAAGGAUUGGGCAUAAUUUUGAUGAUGGGGUAAAGUGGAUGCCAGAUUGUGUGAAGAGUCAUAUUAAAGGGGAUACAAAUGUGCAUAACGAGGUGCCAGGGCCGCUUUUCAGACCUAAUGGAGCUUCACUGAUUAUGUCGUCCAGAAUAUCUUGUAUAAGAUUGGGUCCAAAUUUAUCCCCUCAUGCUCCAAAUGAUAGUCCAAUUGUUGGAAAUGUGUUAUUUACUACACUGGGAUCAGAAACAUCAGGUGGAUCUGUUUAUACCCUCAGUCUUGUUGAGCCAAUAGAUCUUGGACAAGGAAUACUUAAUACAUGGAGUCGACUAGAGGAAAUAACUUCUUUCAAGUGUACCCUUUGGACAGCUGAGUAUGACUAUAACCGACAUCGGGCUAUAAUUGGUACUAAUCAGGGAGGUGUUUCGGUGGAUCUGGAAAGUGGGACAAGGUCAUGGUUUUUACGUUGUAAAAGUGAUGUUUUUGCACAACAGAUUGUUGAUUCAGGAAAUGUGAUUUUAUGUGGACUCAGAAAUGGGGCAGUUAUUUCUGUAGAUUUUCGAGAGAAAAGAUUGCUUUCUAGUAGACUUACCUUGCAUAGGAUACCACACACAUCUUCCGAAAAGAAAGCUGGAAAUUCUAACAAAGAUUGGUUUAAGCUUGAAGGAAGCAUCUAUCCUUCGCAUACCAUUAAGAUGCCUUCAUCUAUAUCCUGUUUGGCAUCGCUUAAGUUUGACGAUCAGUACUUCUUGGCAAGCUCCAUGGAUGGAUCGAUAAAGCUAUAUGACCGUCGCAUGCUCCAGAGGGGUGCUGUUCAAUCAUAUGAAGGACACGUGAAUUCCCAUACUCAAAUACAACUCGGUGUUGACCCAGAUGAAAGAUAUGUUAUGUCAGGUGGAGAGGAUUGCAAGCUACGGAUAUGGAGUAUCAAGUCUGGCGAAUUGCUUUUGGAGGAUAAGUUCUCUAAUUCAGUUCUCUCCACCGUAUGCUAUCAAACAUUUAAAAGUAAAUUUGAAGCAGAGGAAGAAACUCAAUACACACACAACUCUUCGGGUGCAUGGCUUGGAUCACAUGAAGGGCUAUUUUAUAUGCGCUGGUUAUGAGUGUAAAAGGUCUUGAUACCACAGCCUGUAGCUGCUGCAGGUCUAACCCGGUCUUAGCAUGAGGUGAUUAAAAUUAAAUAGCUUGUAGAUAUGCUGAUUUUGUUUAAUUCCCUCUUAAAGUUUUUUUGUUUGAUUAGAGCUAGAAUUUUGAUAUAGCAUGUAGCAGAGACGGCGAAUUACUUUCUAAUAUAAGUAUUGAUAUUUAUUUAGUAUUUACAAAUGCACACAAUGAAAAGGAAAGAGAAGGAAAAAAACAUAAAAAUAUAGUAUUGCUGUGGCUUUUUGGCACCAA